UCUCAAAUGGAUUUAUUAUAAGGAAAAAAAAAAUGAAACAGAAGUUACAACUUCUAUGAUCAGACAUCUUUUCAGAACGGAAGGCUUUGUUUCAACCUAAUCAUCUGUUUUUAAAAUGGACCAGAUUAGGGCUUUCCAACUAGUGAGCAGUAGCACACUUCUUCAUAGUGAAUGAGGUACCAUGAAAAGUUGAAACUUGGAUGGCAGCGGAGGGCAUGUGGGGAGAGCAAGGCAGGGAUGGGUCACCUGCCUUGAAGGUCUUCACCAGAAGCAGUGCUCUCCUGCGUCCACCAGAAGUGGGCUUUGUCCAGGCACUGGGGUGCUCUUGUGUGGUGCCCCAGGCCAGGGAGAUGAACCCGUUAGCCAAGGUGCAGCUGCUUAACAAGCUGAAUGAAUGGGAGGUCGGUACUGUGGUGAUAGCUGAGGCAUCAUGGCACUCCGAAUACAAGGACAGGGCCUGGAUCUUCCUGGGAGGCCUUUCUUAUGAACUGACUGAAGCAGAUAGCCUCUGUGUAUUCUCCCUGUACCGGGAGAUUGUUAGCAUUAGUUGUGUGCGGGACAGGAAGACAGGGAAGUCUAAAGGAUUCUGCUUUAUCUGCUAUGAGGACCAGAGGAGUACAAGUUUGACCGUUGACAAUUUUAAUGGAAUCAAGAUCAAGGGAAGAACUAUGCGAGUCAACCACGCACCCAGCUACCAUCGUCCCCCUCAGGCCCCAGAGGAUGUGGAUGAUGCCACCAGAAAGCUCUGGAAGAAGGGCUGUGGGGCUCAGAUUCCCUUGUCUAGUUCAUCUGAUAGCUCAGAUGAUGAGGCACUCUCAGAAUGGCACAAACGGGAAAAACGGAGAAGAAAGAAGAUCAAAGUGAAUACUGAUAUACAAAUUAAAGAUGAAGAGGGACAAGUAAGCCAUGGCCCUUGCCAGCCGGAGGCCAGAUUUUUUAAAAAGACGAUGCUCUAGGUUCCCAUAAACAUACCAAGGUUAAGCUACAGUCUACAGAGGGCACGAAGCCCUAACACCCAGCUACCCCAAGGCCUGGAUGGC